CCAAAUUGACCCGGUCCAUCUUCAAUCCCCUUCACGUCGACAACCCGUUACGAUACCGACACGAAGCCGCCCACCAUGUCGUCCAAGGUCAAGGCUGGUCAGCUCUGGGGAAAGAGCAAGGAUGACCUCACCAAGCAGUUGGAGGAGUUGAAGACCGAGCUCAGCCAGCUCCGCGUCCAGAAGAUCGCCAACGGUGCCUCGUCGAAGACCACGAGAAUCCACGACGUUCGCAAGUCGAUCGCUCGCGUUCUCACCGUCAUCAACGCCAACCAGCGCGCCCAGCUCCGCCUGUUCUACCAGAACAAGAAGUACGCUCCCCUCGACCUCCGCGCCAAGCAGACCCGCGCCAUCCGCCGCCGCCUCACCAAGCACGAGGCCACCCUCAAGACCGAGCGCCAGCGCAAGAAGGAGAUCCACUUCCCCCAGCGCAAGUACGCUGUUAAGGCUUAAAUGUAAAGAAACCUUACGGGGGCAAAGGGAUGGAGUUUGUUUUUCUUUGAAACGGGAACGUCAAUUUGUUUCUACCUAAAAAGAAUUGAUGAUGAACGGGGUUUUGACCUGUGGCACCUUGUGUGGGAAGGGGUCCGGUUAUCCAAUCUAGGGAAGAAAGAAAAGAAAAAAAAAUUUAUUAACAAAUCGGUUCUUUUGUUGUCUUUCAGGAAAAAGUAAAGAUUGCAAAUUGGAUCGAUGGGUAUUAAUUUUUUUUUCUUCGCUCUCUCCCUUCAAUGAAAGGCUUUACAUGACAUGAUACCACACCUUUCUCAAA